UAUAUUUAUCAGUGCUCAACAAACCUCACUGCUGCAUGUACUGUAAUUCCUCUCUGGGAUCAAUAAGGAUGAUCUGAUCUGAUCUGGUUCAGACAUAGAUGGUUUUAAUGUUCAGAUCAGAGCCAUGCAUUAUACAUAUGUAUAUAGUACAGCAAAAUUCACACUGGGUAUUUAUUUAUUUUUCUGUUUUAUUUUUUAUGUUUAUUUGUUGAGUUAUUUAUGUAACGUAUUAUGCCUGCUGGUUGGCUGCCCUUUAAUCUACACACUCUUAAUGAAAACUGUCAAAAGCUGGUUCAACUGACCAUUUCAGGUCAGGUUCCAGUGGGACCUGAUUCACUUAGUCUCAAGUCCAUGUCCACGGUUUCCACGUCCCCGUCGCUAUACUGGCUAAUCAUUAUUCAGAUGAUAUUUAUGAGCCAGAGUCAGGAAGCGCUUGGUGUAAAGUUCGGGGGAUAGAGACGGACACAGAAGCUGCAGUGAAACGCAGAGAUGGCUCUGGUGCUGGGAUCCUACACCGUGGCGUCCUUCAUCGUGACGCUUUUGGUCGCCUUUGUGACUUAUGUCAUGUACCAGUUACUCAGCAGGUUUAUGCACAAAUGGAAGGAGAUGAAGCCCAUUCCCGGGCUGGAUCAGACCUACCCGAUCCUGGGCAACGCGCUCUAUUUCAAAUCCAGCGCUGGAGAAUUCUUCUGCCAGCUAGUCCAGCUGACUGAACAGUUCAAGAAAGAGCCACUGAUGAAGUUGUGGAUUGGACCGGUACCAUUUCUUGUCCUGUUCCAUGCUGAAAACGUUGAGAUGGUGCUGAACAACCCCAAGCACAUGGACAAAUCAUAUGUCUACAGGUUCCUCCAUCCGUGGCUCGGCACCGGUCUCCUGACCAGCACCGGGGACAAGUGGCGCAACCGGAGGAAGAUGCUGACCCCCACCUUCCACUUCUCUAUCCUGACUGAGUUCCUGGAGGUCAUGAACGAGCAGGCAGAGGUGCUUAUGGGGAAGCUGGAGAAGGCGGCUGGCCAGGGCCCAUUCAACUGCUUCAACCAUAUCACACUCUGCGCUCUGGACAUCAUCUGUGAAACUGCAAUGGGAAAGAAAAUCUAUGCUCAAAGUAACCAAGACUCUGAGUAUGUCCGCAGUGUGUACAAGAUGAGCGACAUCAUUAUCCGCAGGGUGAGGAUGCCCUGGUACUGGCCAAAUUUCGUGUACCGCCUCCUCGGGGAUGGGAAGGAGCAUGACCGGAGCCUGAAGGUCCUGCACUCCUUCACGGAGAGUGUGAUCCGAGAGAGAGAGGAAUACAUCUCCAACAAUGAGUCAGACAGCGAAUCCGACGAAGGUAGUAGGAAGAGACGGGCUUUCCUGGACAUGCUGCUGAAGACCACAGAUGAGCAUGGCAACAAGCUGACCCCUAAAGACAUCCAGGAAGAGGUGGACACCUUCAUGUUCGAGGGCCAUGACACUACAGCCGCCGCAAUGAACUGGGCCAUUCACCUCCUGGGUUCUCACCCUGAAGUGCAGAGAAAGGUUCAGCAGGAGCUGCAGGAAGUGUUUGGUUCCUCGGACCGGCCUGUCAACAUGGAUGACAUGAAGAAGCUGCGUUACCUGGAAUGUGUCAUCAAAGAAUCCCUCCGCCUCUUCCCCUCAGUGCCCAUGUUCGGGCGCAGCAUCUGUGAAGACUGUGUCAUCAGUAGGUGGCAGCAGAGAGCCAUGCAUGCUACGUGGGCUUUCCUUAGCCACGCUAGGUUGUUGUCCUUCUGUAGGUCUGUUAAUAAGAGGCAGGCACCCCCUUCCCCCAGCAGACUGAAAAUGGACCGACUCAAGCAGGUGAAAAGCUCGUGGCUGCAGGUCACAGGGAAGCCAGGCGAAGCCCCAACCCUGCGACUGCAGCUGCAGUCUCUCAUUUGUGUACGUGUGUGUGUGUGUGUGUGUGUGUGUGUGAGCACAGGUCAGCGCUUUGCGCUGAUGGAGGAGAAGGUGGUGCUGUCCUACAUCCUGCGCUACUUCAACAUCGAGGCCAUGCAGAAGCGAGAGGAUCUCAAGCCCAUCGGGGACCUCAUCCUGCGUCCAGAGAAGGGGAUCUGGAUCCGCCUGACGAAGAGGACCCGUUAGACACCGCCCACCCCAACGUCUGUCGUUUACUGACAGUCCCAGAAAACCUCCCACAAUGCUUAGCUGCUCCCCUGUCCGGUUUCCCAGCCUAUCUGCCAUGGUCCCUCCGCCACGUUUCUCUAUCACAUGUGUAACUGCCUAUAAGCUGUUCGCUUAGCUCCUCCCUGCCUCUUUCUGAUGUCCUGAACGUGUCAGCUGACAGACACAUAACCUGACAGGAAUGUCAUUGUGGCUGAGGGCGGACGGCAUUAAGGCUGAUUCAGAAAAAAAGGGCCCGGAGCCUUAACCUUAUCCCCAGGGAGUCAUUGAUUUCAGAAGAAAAGCCCCACAAAUGUCUCCUGUAAAUUAGCCGCCAUGAAAAGACAAAUGAGCAAUAAAAGCAGACCCAGCAGCA